AUGGGAUCGCUGGGAACAUCGCCAACCGCAAAAGCGAAAUCCCGACCGCGAACGCGGCUGUUCGUCUCUAUCGGGCUCAUCGCAGCCAUCUUAUACCUGCAACUAGUUCAUCUACCCAGCCACCUCUUCAAACAGCCAGAGAGCGUGGUCCGUCUAUCUGAAGCCCAACUCAGGGAUCUCGAGAAAGGACUCCAGAAAUGCAGAGAUGCACAAAGUUCCCUGCGCGACUACCCAUUGACAGCACCCUCGAGGGAGAACCCUCGCUGGAAUCCCAUCAGCGGUCAGAACGCAACCGUGCUGCUGCGAAACGCGACUCUGUUCAACGGCAAGACUUUUGCAUCUGACAAAGUCGACAUCGUAUUUACCAAAGGCGUCAUCACGUCCGUGUCUGCGUCUGCAUCUUCAGAUAUUACCGUCACACCGCAGCACGCAAUCGUGGUCGAUCUGCAUGGCAAAUAUAUCACACCCGGUCUGGUGGAUAUGCAUUCCCAUCAUCUCUCAGUUAGUUGGCCCAGUCUGGCGACUACAGUUGAUGAUAAUGAAGUGCAUCCGGAGACGGGGCCGUUGACCCCGUUCGUGCGCUCGUUGGACGGGAUGAAACCGUACGACACAGCCACGGCUCAGAUUGCGUCUGGCGGGGUUACGUCCUCGCUUGUUCUUCCUGGCUCGGCGAAUAUCAUGGGCGGGGAGGCAUAUCCGGUCAAGAAUAUAGUAGCUCCUGGGGAGAAUGGGGAGGAGGUCAUCGAGGAGAUGCUUCUGGAGUAUGGCAUUCCCAAAAAAGACCGACGGAGGUAUCUGAAGAUGGCUUGUGGGGAGAAUCCGACACGAGUCUAUCAUCACACCCGCAUGGGUAAUGCCUGGAAAUUUCGCCAGCAUAUGGAGCGAGCACAGAAUCUGCUGAAACAGCAGGAUUCCUGGUGUCUCUCCGCUGCUGCCGCAAGAGACACGGCCGAUGGAGCAGCCAUCUCACAGCUUCUACCGGGGAUAUCAGGCAAGGGAGGCUUUCCCGAAGAUCUCGAACUCGACUCAACCGUUGCCAUGCUCCGGGGAAAGAUCAACAUCAACAUCCACUGCUACGAGGUGGAGGAUUUGGAAGACAUGCUCCGUCACAGUGAGGAAUUUGGCUUCCGGAUAUCUGCCUUCCAUCACGCACUGAGCGCGUGGAAGGUCCCGGAACUGAUCAAGGCGAGCGCUCAGAAUAUCACCAUUGCCACGUUUUCGGACUUUGGUCUGUACAAGAAGGAAGCCUACGAUGCCAACCUUUACGCGGGAAAGAUCUUAGCGGAGCAUGGUGUUCCCGUUGCCUACAAGUCGGACCAUGUCCAUGAGGGGACCAGCGCCAAGUACCUACUUCUCCAGGCUGCGAAUGCGCAUUCAUUCGGUCUUCCCGAAGAUCUAGCAUUACAGUCAGUGACGAGCGUGCCGGCCGCGUCGAUGCAGCUGGAUCACCGGAUCGGCUACGUGAAGGCUGGGUAUGAUGCAGAUCUGGUGGUUUGGGAUUCUCAUCCGUUAUCAUUAGGCGCAACGCCGUUGCAGGUGUACAUUGACGGGAGAGCGAUAUUAGAUACGGACAAGGUAAAAGACAGCCUGUCCAAGAAAGUUCCUACAAGGGAAGUCCCGAAAAUACGGCCAACCGUGGAGCAUCAGGAGGAGAUCUGCAAUGCGGUGCAUAAAGCCGAGAAAGUGGUUGUCACCGGCAUUUCCAGAUCGUAUCUUCCUUCGCCUUGGAAGACGGCAGAACCAAGCGAUAACAUGACGAUUGUUCUAGAAGCAGGUAAUGUGUCAUGUCUGGGAAGCUCCAAGGAAUGUGCACAUGCCUACAACACCGACGACACUACAAUUCAACUCCAGGACGGCCAUAUCCUUCCCGGUCUCACAGCCUACACAACUGGACUGGGUCUCGUUGAGAUCGAAGACGAAUCAGAAACAGGCGAUGGCAACGUUGAUGCGGCCAUCGACCCACUGAACCCUGAUAAUGUCAUCUAUGCAAAGUACGGAAUCCACCUUGACGGGCGAUCAUUCGAGAGAGCAAAAAUCGGUGGCGUAACAAGAGCCAUCACUGCCCCAUUGAAGAAGAAGGGAUUCUUGCAUGGCGUCAGCGUUGGUUUUAAAACAGCCGGCAAUUUCACCAACCUAGACGAAGCAAUCUUCCAAGAAGACGUCGCUUUGCAUUUCUCCAUUGGCCAGAUCUCACGGGCGUCGACGUCGACUAUUUCCUCCGCAGUCGCGAAAUUGCGAAAGAUCCUGACGGAUCACAAGAAUAAAGACAACAUCUAUGGCCUCGCUGCGAAAGGAAAGAUACCCCUUUUGGUAGACGUCCAAAGCAAAUAUGACAUCCUCCAGAUGAUCAAGAUCAAGAAAGAUUUUCCAUCAGUGAAUCUCGUUCUUGUCGGCGCCCCCGACGCAUAUCUCGUUGCAGAAGAAUUAGCCAAACACUCGAUCCCCGUCAUUGUUACCUCGCAUCGGGGCCAUCCAGACUCAUUCGAAAAGAGAGACGCCUUAUCCGGCCCGCCUCUCACAAAAUCACUUGUCAGAAUCCUUGACGAGGCUGGAGUUAAGCUUGCUUUGUCGAACUAUGGUGAAGUAGGAGGCGGCUCAUUCAUCCACAAUCUCCUCCACGAGGCAUCAUGGGCUGCUCAAUAUGCCGGUCUCUCAGAUGACCAAGCCGUGAGUCUGGUUUCGAGCAAUCUCGAGGAAAUCCUGGGGUUGAAAAAACCGGCAGAUAUAGUGGUUUACGAGGGGAAUCCGCUCCAGUAUGGAGCCAGUGUUGUCUUGGGAGUGGAUGGGGAUGGGAGAGGAGUGGUUCAAUGUUGGCCUUUUUCGACAUAG